CAAGUAACCGUCAUAUUGAUGAUGUCAGUGAUAUCAAACAAAUGACAUUUAUUAUGUCUUAAUUUCAGUAAACAAACAUAAAUGUAAAAUUUUCGUGAUGUGGAAAAUUAUAAAAAUUUAACUAAAAAUUAACCAUGGACCAUUAUCUUACAACGUACAGAAAGGACUAUCUUUGGCCCGAUCUACCCAAGGCACCAGGGGCGGAGCAACAUGGGGGGGUCGCUGAAAUACCGAAGCUUUCUGGCGAGGAGAUGGCGUUCUACCAGGCUUGCAUGCAGCACACGCGGCCGCCUGACUGUCGCUGCCCGCAGUACUCUGGCGGAGAGAUGCCUCAACUGCCGCCCGGCAAGGAAGGGGGAUGGAGCAGGAUUGAGAUUAUGGGACCAUUGUUAGAUCCAAAGUUGUAUCCGGCACGCGUUGCUGCCGCCCCAGAAACACCUACGUCAAGAUAUAAUCAACCCAACGCGUUCCUUGAUAAGCUGCAAUCGAAGUACCCGAUGCUGUACAGCAUCCUGCAGAACGAAGCCUCGCCUGAGCUCAAACAAAGGAUCGAUCGUGACAGGAACAAGACAACUUACCAUGUCGACUUUUGUGAGAGUGGUCCAGGAGCGAAGUUCGAUAACCUGCAACGCGCGGCCGACGAGAGUGGGUCGGGUCCGUGCUCGCAGCCGAUGCGUCUGCCGGGAGACCCGUGCCGCGUCGCGCCCAAGAUCCGCAUGACCACGCCGAAGACCAUCUCCAAACAGGCAGGAGGCGGACCCGACCCGCGCGCUAAGUGUGAGACGACAUCUCUGGUGCCGCCGCUGGGCAAGACUGAAUACCAAGACAACGUGUCUAAGCUGGGAGGCAUCAUCAUGCGCGACAAACUGCACAGGAAGUAAACGAUGGAUAAAGACUAUGUAAACACUAAAAAUAAGAUGUAAAUUAUCAAAGGAAAACAUUAAGAUUGGCAGUAAAAUUAUUUAUCAAUCAUUUU